CUGUGUGUGCGUCUGUGUGUGCGUCUGUGUGUGCGUCUGUGUGUGCGUCUGUCUGCGAGGAACACGACAACAUGCUGCCGUUGCUCCUUCACACCUUCACCUGCGUCUGCGUCCUCACAGCGACAGCCGUCGUGGCGGCCGUCACCACGGAGACGAUGGUGGGCGUGGCCGGGAGGAGGGUGACGUUGCCGUGCCGCUCGGAGGCGGUGAGAGGGGGAGGAGUGGAGGUGUGCUGGGGGAGGGGAGAGCCGUCUCUGUUCACCUGCCACAACGCUGUGAUCAACGCCGCCGGAGAUCAGCUGACAUACAGGAAGUCACACAGGUACUCGGUCUCGUCCUCCUCCUCUCUGUCCAUCUUCCCCUCUCGACCGUCCGACUCUGGUUUCUAUCACUGCCGUGUUCAGCUGGCCGGUCUGUUCAACGACCAGAUAUCCAGCGUCUACCUCAUCAUCAUCAACCCUCGCUCCGUGGUCUCUGACCCGUCAGACAGCGAGGACGCCGCUGAGGACGCCGGGAACCUGAACGCACCGCACACACCGAGUUACAGCACAAGAGACGUGACGACGGAGACAGGAAGUGAUGUCACAGCGGACAACAUCACAGGGCCAAUGGUGGCGCCGGUUCAGUCGUCUGUGCAGCAGCAGAGGCAGGUCAACAGUCUGCACACCUUCAUCGGAAACACCGUGAGAGCCUCCUUCAUCGUCUUCAUACCUGCACUGCUGCUGACUGCUGCUUACAGUGUUUGGAGGUCUGAGAGUGACAGGAGGCUGAACCAAUCAGAGGAGGAGGAGGAGGAAGAGGAGGCGGGCAGCUCUGUGUAGAGACAGACAGGAAUCUGCUGUGAAAACUACUUUCAUCAGUUGAUUACGCUGCCAUCUGCUGGUACACCGGAUUAUCACAACGCUUCACAAGCAAACUUCAGAAGGCUUAAAAUGAAUCCAAUAGUAGCACAGUACAGGAGACCCAACCCGUUCUCACUCCGAACUCGUAAAAUAAGGACGUUUGGACGGUGGCUGUCAG